GGAGUUUCAGGUAUAAAAGCUUUUCCCAGAUAAUCCUUCCUGUUUCUGACCGCUGUGAGAGAAACCAGCCAAGAUUUCGGGGGCGAAGAAGGAUCGAGUGGUCUGGACCUCCAUUGAUUUAGGAGAGCAGUCCCCCAUCACACCUGCAACCAUGACUAAGGAAACGUUCGACAUGUUCGAGAUGGACGGAGACUUGGACAAGAAGAAGAAGAAAAAGCAGAAGAAGAAGGAAAAGCUGGAGGGAAUGAAGAGAGAAAUGGACAUAGACGAUCAUGAGAUCACAUUAGAAGAGUUAGAAAUGAGGUACACCACCAGCAUCACCAAGGGUUUGACUUCCACCUUCGCCAGUCAGGUCCUGGAGAGAGACGGUCCCAACGAGCUGAAGCCUCCUAAAGGAACUCCGGAGUACGUGAAGUUCGCCCGGCAGCUGGCUGGAGGCCUGCAGUGUCUGAUGUGGGUCGCCGCCGUCAUCUGCUUCAUCGCCUUCGGAAUUGAACUGGCGAGAGGGAACCUCACCAGCUUCGACGACCUGUACUUGGCCAUCACCCUCAUUGCCGUUGUCGUGGUGACUGGUUGCUUUGGUUACUACCAAGAGUUCAAGAGCACCAACAUCAUUGCCAGCUUCAAGAAUUUGGUGCCACAACAAGCCAUAGUGAUCCGAGACGGCCAGAAGAACCAGAUCUAUGCCAACCAGCUGGUGGUGGGAGAUCUGGUGGAGAUCAAAGGAGGAGACAGAGUUCCUGCUGACAUUCGCAUCAUCACCAGUCAGGGCUGUAAGGUUGAUAACUCGUCUCUCACAGGAGAGUCAGAACCACAAACCAGGAGUCCAGAAUGUACCCAUGAGAGUCCACUGGAGACCAGAAACAUCGCGUUCUUCUCUACAACCUGCCUGGAAGGCGUGGCCACCGGUGUGAUCAUCAACACAGGUGAUCGAACCAUCAUCGGUCGGAUCGCCAGCUUGGCCAGCGGAGUCGGCAACGAGAAGACCCCCAUCGCCAUAGAGAUCGAGCAUUUUGUGGACAUCAUCGCCGGUCUGGCCAUCUUUUUCGGGUUCACCUUCUUUGUGGUCGCCAUGUUUAUCGGAUACCAGUUCCUGGAGGCCAUGAUCUUCUUCAUGGCUAUCGUGGUGGCUUAUGUGCCAGAGGGGCUGCUGGCUACAGUCACUGUGUGUCUGUCUCUGACCGCUAAGCGACUCGCCAGGAAGAACUGUGUUGUGAAGAAUCUGGAGGCCGUGGAGACGUUAGGCUCCACUUCAGUGAUUUGCUCUGACAAGACGGGAACACUGACCCAGAACAGGAUGACUGUUGCUCACCUUUGGUUCGACAACCAGAUUCACGCUGCUGACACCACUGAAGAUCAGUCAGGCCAGAGUUUUGACCAGUCUUCAGAGACGUGGCGUUUACUGGCAAGAAUAGCAUCCCUGUGUAACAGAGCUAUAUUCAGACCUGAUCAGGAAGGAGUGCCGAUUCCUAAGCGGCUUGUGGUCGGAGAUGCAUCCGAGACGGCACUGCUGAAGUUCACUGAGCUCACUGUGGGAAAUGUCAUGGAUUACCGGAAUCGCUUCAAGAAAGUGACAGAAGUGCCCUUCAACUCUACCAACAAGUUCCAGUUGUCUAUCCACGAACUGGAGGAUCCACUGGACCUUCGCUACCUGCUGGUGAUGAAAGGAGCUCCCGAACGCAUCCUGGAACGCUGCUCCACCAUUUUGAUUAAAGGCCAGGAGCUGCCUCUGGAUGAGCAGUGGAAAGAAGCUUUUCAGACAGCGUACAUGGACCUGGGAGGACUGGGAGAGAGAGUGCUGGGUUUCUGUCACAUCUAUCUCAAUGAGAAGGAGUUUCCUCGCGGCUUUCAGUUUGACCCUGAUGAGAUGAACUUCACCACCUCUGGACUGUGCUUUGCUGGUCUCAUCUCAAUGAUCGACCCUCCCAGAGCCACUGUACCUGAUGCAGUGAUGAAAUGCAGAACUGCUGGCAUCAGGGUUGUCAUGGUGACUGGAGACCAUCCAAUUACAGCGAGGGCAAUAGCAGCUAAUGUUGGCAUCAUAUCAGAAGGCAGCGAAACCGUGGAAGACAUCGCCGAGAGGAAGCGUAUACCUGUGGAACAAGUCAACAAGAGAGACGCUCGUGCUUGUGUGAUCAGUGGUGGUCAGCUGAAGGAAAUGAGCAGUGAAGAAUUAGACGACGCUCUGCGGAACCAUCCGGAGAUGGUUUUUGCAAGAACGUCCCCUCAGCAGAAACUCAUUAUCGUGGAGAGUUGUCAACGUUUGGGUUCCAUCGUGGCUGUAACAGGUGAUGGUGUGAAUGACUCUCCUGCUCUUAAGAAGGCUGAUAUUGGCGUUGCCAUGGGAAUCGCUGGUUCAGACGCCGCCAAGAACGCUGCAGACAUGAUCCUACUGGACGACAACUUUGCUUCUAUUGUCACUGGAGUGGAGCAGGGCCGCCUUAUCUUUGACAACCUGAAGAAGUCCAUCGCCUACACGCUCACCAAGAACAUUCCCGAGCUGACUCCAUAUCUGAUCUACAUCACCGUCAGCGUGCCUCUCCCUCUGGGCUGCAUCACCAUCCUCUUCAUCGAACUGGCCACUGACAUUUUCCCGUCUGUGUCUCUGGCUUAUGAGAAAGCAGAAAGCGACAUCAUGCACCUGAAGCCCAGAAACCCUCGUCGUGAUCGGCUGGUGAACGAGGCUCUGGCUGUGUACUCGUACUUCCAGAUAGGAGCCAUCCAGUCUUUUGCAGGUUUUACAGAUUACUUCACCGCCAUGGCCCAGGAGGGCUGGUUCCCACUUUUAUGUGUCGGCCUGCGAUCUCAGUGGGAAGACGUUCACCUUCAAGACUUACAAGACAGUUACGGACAGGAAUGGACCUUCAGUCAGAGGUUGUACCAGGAAUAUACCUGCUACACCGUGUUUUUCGUCAGUAUAGAAAUCUGUCAGAUUUCCGAUGUGCUGAUCAGGAAAACCCGACGUCUUUCUUUGUUCCAGCAAGGCUUCUUCAGGAACCGUGUACUGCUGACCGCUAUAAUUUUCCAGCUCUGUCUGGGUAAUCUGCUGUGUUACUGCCCUGGAAUGCCCAACAUCUUUAAUUUCAUGCCCAUCAGGGUCCAGUGGUGGUUUGUUCCUCUCCCGUACGGUGUUUUAAUCUUUGUCUAUGAUGAGAUCAGAAAGUUGGGAGUCAGAAGACAUCCAGGAAGUUGGUGGGAUCAGGAAUUAUACUACUGAGACCACAGAAGCUCCUUCAUUCAUUCAUCCAACCAUCACAGCCUUCACCAAGUGCUGCAAAACCAGACGACUUUACCCACUUCAUCAUUCAUCCGUGUUGCUUUGUGAUCCAUGUAUUUAUAGCUGGAACCAUCUUUUAGCAUUGUAUUCAUAUUUAAGACAAAUUAACUCCUUUAAACCAAGUAAAAAAUGAAUCAUCAACAACAGUCAUCAUUCAAUAAUUCACACAGAUUUGUUGUAUUUCAGCUCUUUAACUGUGGUGUGUUCUUACCAAUAAAGAAUUUAAAGACUGUCAACACCA